AUGCUUGUUCCAAAAUACAGCGCUGGAUCUCACUGUGGUUGGCUGUUGUCAAGCGCCAACCACAGGCAUCAUCGCCCAACCUGCCCAAACCACCAAGUUGGGAGGAGGAGACCUGAAGCCCUGCACCCGCAUCACCCAACCCAACUACACUUCAAAGUUACCCUUCCGGGCUCCGAUUCCCAAGAUCAUAUGCUGGGCCUUGGUCGACCAUCCUUAAAAUCGCGGCCAUCUCUCAUAGACCUCGUCGUGUCCAAAGACGAACCUCCCAGCCGUCCCUCUGCUCCCACCUUUACCAGUCCCAGAACCGGGUUGUCAAAAGAUCCGCCGCUUACGCCACAGCCCAACCUUAGGCAGUCUCUCAAAUCCAACCACCUCCUCAUCGAGCAUUAUCACCAACAUAAUCAGCACAAUCAUCAUCAAUACCAACGACAACGCCACAGCAGCAGCAGCAGCAACGGAAUUCCAGCUCCUCUCCCCCUCCCCCUCUUCUCCCUGCCUGUUGUUUCGCACACUUCAUCUCUCGACAUGUCCCCAGCAAACUCGAAGAGAAAUCACGCGGAGCCCGGCGAGGAACACCAUGGUUCAAUUUACUCGGUCUCUGGACCCGUCGUCGUGGCGGAGAACAUGAUAGGCUGCGCGAUGUACGAACUGUGUCAAGUGGGCUACGACAAACUAGUUGGAGAAGUUAUUCGAAUCGAUGCGGACAAAGCUACAAUUCAGGUCUACGAGGAAACAGCCGGAGUCACUGUUGGCGAUCCCGUGUACAGAACCGGAAAACCAUUGUCUGUAGAACUCGGCCCGGGAUUGAUGGAGACGAUCUACGACGGUAUCCAGCGACCUCUCAAAGCCAUCUCCGACGCCUCCGGCAGCAUCUACAUUCCGCGCGGUAUCUCCAUCCCAGCCCUCGACCGAGAAAAGAAAUGGGACUUCAAGCCAGCCAAUCUCAAAGUCGGAGACCAUAUCACCGGCGGUGACAUCUGGGGCAGUGUGUGGGAGAACAGCCUGUUGGAUGACCAUAAGAUCCUCCUACCACCCCGCGCACGGGGCACUAUUACACGCAUUGCGGGACCCGGUAGCUACACCGUCGACGAGAAGCUCUUGGAAGUUGAGUUCGACGGCAAAAGAUAUGAAUAUAGCAUGGUGCACCAGUGGCCAGUUCGUGCCCCUCGCCCCGUCAACGAGAAGCUGGCAUCUGAUUCGCCUUUUAUUGUCGGCCAGCGUGUCCUUGAUGCGCUCUUCCCUAGUGUCCAAGGCGGAACAGUGUGUAUCCCCGGUGCAUUUGGAUGCGGGAAGACAGUCAUCAGUCAGAGUGUCUCCAAAUUCUCCAACAGCGAUAUCAUUGUAUACGUUGGAUGCGGCGAGCGUGGAAAUGAGAUGGCCGAAGUCUUGAUGGAUUUCCCAGAGCUCUCAAUCACCAUCGACGGCCGUAAGGAGCCCAUCAUGAAACGUACCUGUCUCAUUGCCAACACGUCCAACAUGCCCGUCGCUGCCCGUGAAGCUUCCAUCUACACCGGUAUCACUGUUGCAGAAUAUUUCCGUGACCAGGGUAAAAAUGUCGCUAUGAUGGCAGACUCUUCUUCUCGCUGGGCCGAGGCCCUCCGUGAGAUCUCAGGACGUCUGGGAGAAAUGCCUGCUGACCAGGGUUUCCCCGCUUACCUCGGUGCCAAACUCGCCUCCUUCUAUGAACGCGCCGGCAAGAGCAUAGCUCUAGGAAGCCCCAAGCGAAUAGGCAGCGUCAGCAUCGUUGGCGCAGUGAGCCCUCCCGGUGGCGAUUUCACCGACCCCGUCACGUCCAGCACGCUUGGUAUCGUGCAAGUUUUCUGGGGUCUGGACAAGAAGCUCGCGCAGCGCAAACACUUCCCGUCCAUCAACACUUCGGUCUCGUACAGUAAAUACACCAACGUCCUCGAUAAAUACUACGCAAAGGAGCAUCCGGAGUUCCCCCGGCUCAGAAACAGGAUCAGAGAGCUGCUCACCAACUCCGAAGAUCUGGACCAGGUCGUCCAACUCGUUGGGAAAUCGGCGCUUGGUGAUCCGGACAAGAUUACCCUGGACGUCGCCGCGUUACUCAAGGAUGACUUCUUGCAGCAAAACGGGUACAGCGACUAUGACCAGUUCUGCCCCCUGUGGAAGACGGAGUACAUGAUGAAGGCAUUCAUGGGGUACCAUGAUGAGAGCCAGAAGGCCAUUGCGCAGGGACAGAGCUGGGCAAAGGUUAGAGAAGCCACGGCUGAGAUCCAAAAUAUGCUACGGGGAAUGAAGUUUGAGAUUCCGGAUGACGAAGAGGCUGUUACUAAAAAGGGUAAUCAUUUCGUAUGCUAA